UAUUAUUUAGAUCUAGUGUGUUUUUCCAGGGAUCUCCUGUUGAGCUUGUCUGAUGACAUCAUGGCUGCUGCAGCCCAUCCAGAGACAGAAUGUCUGCAACCACUGAAAACGUCCAAGAGCUUCGAGUUCUUACCCCCAGACAUGUCUGAGCACAGGACGGAGGGAGCAGGAUCAACAACCACGAAGUCAAAACCCAGACGUCAUCUAAACCUGGUCCUGUGUGGGAGGAGAGGAGCCGGGAAGACCUCAGCAGCCAAGGUCAUCUUAGGUCAGACGGAGCUUCAGUGGGUCUCCAGCUCCUCAGAGUGUGUUAGGAACCAGGGAGAGGUGUGUAGACGGUGGCUUUCUCUGGUGGAGCUGCCUGCCUUGUAUGGAAAAGCUCCGCAGGAAGUGAUGGAGGAGUCAUUCAGGUGUAUCUCCCUCUGUGAUCCUGAGGGUGUCCAUGCCUUCCUCCUGGUCCUGCAUGUGGGUCCCCUCACUGAUGAAGACAAGGGAGAGUUACAGACCAUCCAGGACACAUUCAGCUCUGGAGUGGACGACUUCACCAUGAUUCUGUUCACCGUGGACUCAGAUCCCACAGCUCCAGCUGUUGUUGAGUCUGUAGAAAGAGACAGAGACAUCCAGGAGCUCCUUGAGAGCUGUGGAGGAAGAUCUGUUGUUCUCAACAUCAGGAACCAGCAGCAGGUCCCAGAUCUGUUGGAGAAGGUAGAAACGAUGAGUGCCGAAGGGCCCAGAUGUUUCUCAACCCGAAUCUUCUCCAGAGCUUUCUCUGAGAAAGUUUCUAAACUUCUGGCUGAUCUGCAGGCUGAGAGGCAGAAGAACGAGGCAGGAGAUGUUCAGAGAGAACAUCUGCUGAAGGAGCUACAGAGAGAGAGAGAAAAGAGAGGGAGGAAGCGGAGGAAAACCUAAAGGAAAAACACAAAGAAACUCUGAAGACUCUAAAGGCCCAAUUUGAACAUGAAAGAAAAGAGAAAAUCCAAAAGCUGAAAGAAAAAGAUGAAACCAUGGAGAAGGAGCGAGUGAACAGGAAGAGAGAACGAGACGAAGAAGAAAAGAAACGUAAAAAACAGGAGGAAGCUCAGAGACUCGAGUGGAAACUAAAACUGGAAGCUGCAGAGAGAAGAUCCCAGCUGGAAAAAGAGCGGAAGGAGAACACCGAGAAGAAGCUGGAGCAGCUGAGACGGGAGGUGAAGAGAGACCGAGAUGUCUGGGAAAAGGAGAAGAAUCAGAUCUGGGAGCAAAGAUACCAGGACCUAAAGCAGAACCUGGAGGAGACCAAGAGGAACAGGGAUGAGGAGAAGAGCAGGAGCACAAGACUCCAGGAGGAGUUUUAUCAGAAGAGAAGGAAGUGGAGUUAUGCUUGGUUUGCUUUGUUGUUCUUGGUGAUAUUUGUUCUGGUUUAUGUUUAUCAGAGUCUGCCUCAGAGGGAGCUGUAGAUGAACACAUGAAUGUUCUCAGGAGGAUUCACCUUCAGUAGAACAGGUCGUCAGUGAGCUCAUGACAUAUAUGUGGAAGGUGAUGUGGUGUCUGAGCUAGGAUUGCUGUUAAAAACAGUCAGAUAUAACAGUGCUUUAAAAUGAUUGUUUAUUAAAUAAAAGCAACAACAAUCUGUGCUCUCA